UGUGAAAGUGACAGUGGAUUUGCUAUUCAAAACCAAGGUGACUUAGAUACUAUCUCAUCAUGUAGUACCCUUGAAGGUGAUGUUAUUAUCCAAGGUUCUAUUGGUACUGCUGCUUUGCCUGGUGUUACCAGAAUCAAAGGUUCUUUAAUCAUCAAAAAUGCCACCUCUUUGGUUUCCUUCUCUGCUGACUCUUUACAAAUCAUUGACGAUGAAUUAUCCUUGACUGAUUUAACCAUCUUAGAUAACCUCAACUUGCCUGUUUUGACUCAAGUUGGUUCUAUCUACUUUGUCACUCUUCCAGCUUUAAGUGAAAUUACCUUAACCACUGGUAUCUCCAAAGUCGACUCUCUUUAUAUCUCCGAUACUGCCUUGGAAACUCUUUCUGGUAUUAACGUUGUUGACGUUGACACCUUCAAUGUCAACAACAACAGAGAUUUGCAAGCUGUUGAUGGUGCUCUUAAAACCGUUAAAACUUCUUUAGAAGUUUCUUAUAACUCCGAAACCGUUGAAGUCUCUUUUGACAACUUAAUCUGGGCUAACAACGUUACUUUCAGAGAUGUUUCCUCCAUCUCCAUGUCCAACUUAACCGCUGUCAAUGGUUCAAUGGGUGUUUAUAACACCACUAUUGACUCUUUAGUUAUUGACAAUUUGGAAACUGUUGGUGGUGCCUUAGCUAUCUCCCACAACAAUGAAUUAACCGAUCUUGAAUUUGCUUCCUUAGUUACCAUCAGUGGUGCUUUAGAUAUCACAAACAAUUCUGCUUUGACUUCCAUUACUGGUUUCCCUAAAUUAAAGACUGUUGGUGGUGCCAUUGACAUUGGUGGAGCUUUAUCCAAUGUUACCUUCCCAAGUUUGAAAUCUGUUAGAGGUGGUGCUACCUUUUAUUCCUCUGUCUACAUGGACUGUUCCAAAUUAAAGGCCUUACACAAAAAGGGUGUUAUUCAAGGUGAUGACUACUCCUGUAGAGCUGCAAAAUCUUCCUCUUCCUCUGGUUCUGGUUCCGGUUCUGGUUCUGGCUCUGCCACCGGAACUGCCUCUGGUUCUGAUGCCAGUGGAACUAUUGCUGCUUCUGGUACUGGUUCUUCUUCCGACUCUGGUUCUCCACAAAUUGCUUUUUCCGGUGUUUCCAUUAUUAGUGCUUUUGCUGCUGCCUUGUUAUCUUUACUUUAA